AUGAAUGAAGCAAGAUUGGAAGAAUUAAGAAUGAAAACAAUUUCACAAAUUAACCGACCAUAUUAUAUGGAAGGAAGUGUUAUACUUUUUGAUAAAAAAUGGAAAAAACGAUAUUUAAUUUGGAAAGGAAUGGUUUUAUAUUUUUAUGAUAAAAAAGGAAGUAAAGAUAUUACAAAGGAAGUGUACGAGUUAAGUAAGGACACAACAUGGAACAUUGAAUCUGAUACUAAAGAAAAGAAAAAUGUAAUUAAGUUAAAAGGGAAAAGCGAAGUAAUAAUAUUAGUAGAUGAAUCAAUAACAUUACUUGAAAAUGGAUAUAAUCAAUUUAAACAAGAUAUCGAAACAGAAAGAAAACGAAUUGAAAUGGAACAAAGCAAAAUGAAAGAACCAAUUUUAUUAAGUUGGGAAGAAGUUGAAAAAAGAAUAAAUGUAAAACAAGAGAAAUGGAGUAGUAAAGAAGUACAGACACUUUUAAAAGAACUUGGAAAAAUAACCACUGAAAAAUAUUUAUAUGACAUUUUAUGUAAAAUUCUUAAUGGAUGGAAUGAACAAGAGUUUAUUGACUUUUUUUAUAAAGAGUAUUGUGAAGAAGACCUUGAAGAUAUGGGAUCUUUUCUAGCAGGUUCUAAUAAAGAUAGUACAACUAUUCAAUUUGUAUUUGGAAAUGAUGAAAAAGGAGCACAUUUUAUUGCAAAUAUUUAUAUAAAAAUAUAUAAACAAUAUGAAAUUGUUUGGAGCGAAAUUGCAAGGUGUUUAUUGGUUUCAUUGGCUUCAUGGAAAUUAACAUCUAAAGACAAAAUGUUUCAAAUAAUUACAAUAGAUUUAUUUAAUCUCUUUGAUCCAGCAGAAAUAGUUACAUUUCUACAUCUUUAUGCAGAGUAUGAAGAAGAGUUAAAUAUUUGUUUAUGGAGUUCAUUACCAGAACAUAUUCAAUUUUAUUUAAAAGAAAUCACUCAUGGAUGGAAAAAAGAACAGAUCAAUUCAAUGAUUUCUAUGAUCACAUUAAUGUGGUCCUGGAAGUCUGAUGAUAUUGAACAUUUAAAACAUAUUUUAAUUUAA